AUGAAAAUCAGCAAGAAAAUCGAGCAGGCGCAGAAGGAGAACAAAAUUUGGUGGUCGUUUGAGUACUUCCCUCCUCGGACGGCUCAGGGCCUCCAAAACCUACUGGAUCGCAUAGAGCGCAUGCGCGCGUUAGGCCCUGAAUUCGUAGACAUUACAUGGAAUGCCGGUGGCCGGACCUCCGAUCUCACUUCUGAGCUGGUUAAGACAUGUCAAAAGAUUAUUGGUAUAGAGACCUGCAUGCAUCUGACAUGCACGAACAUGCCCAAGGAGAAGGUGGACAUCGCGUUGCGGGAAGCCAAACAGCACGGAUGCCGAAAUAUCCUAGCACUCCGUGGCGACCCCCCAGUAGGCCAGGACGAAUGGGAAGCUGUGGAAGGUGGCUUCCGCCACGGGAUUGACCUCGUGCGACAUAUCCGCAAGGAAUACGGCGACUACUUCGGCAUAGCUGUCGCCGGAUUCCCUCAGCACGUCCGCCUUCCCCCAGACGAAUUCGAGUUCGAGCUCAAAUGCUUGAAGAACAAGAUCGACGAAGGCGUAGACUUCAUCAUGACCCAGAUGUUCUACGACGUCGACAUCUUCAUCGACUGGGUAAAAGCCGUACGAGCUUAUGGGAUCACGAUCCCUAUUGUACCUGGUGUCAAUCCUAUUCAAACGUGGAACGGCUUCAUGAAGUCGACUGCGCUGGCUAGGACAACUAUUCCGCAGUGGUUGCUGGACUUGCUCGAGCCUCACAAGAACAACGACGAAAAGGUCAGGGAAAUCGGCGUCAAGGUCGUCGCAGAUAUGUGCCGGAAAAUUCUGCAGGCGGAUAUCGGGAUUAGAGGGUUCCACUUCUACACCAUGAAUCUAGAGAAAGCGACGAGAAUGCUGCUGGAGGAGCUGCAACUUGUUCCUCGGGUUGAAACCAUUAAGCCAUUACCCUGGCGGCAGUCUCUCACACCAACCCGGAGAAACGAGACGAUCCGGCCUAUAUUCUGGGCAAACCGCACCAAGUCCUAUCUAUCCCGCACAGAGAACUGGGAUGAAUAUCCCAACGGUCGGUUUGGCGAUUCACGGAGUCCAGCUUAUGGCGAACUUGACGGCUAUGGCAUAUCACUGAACAAAACUAAAGAGGAAGCCGCGAAAUUAUGGGACCACCCGACCAAAUUCGAGGAUGUGGCAGCCCUAUUCAGGGACUUCUGUCGAGGCAAACUAGCCGCUCUGCCGUGGUCCGACUCGCCCCCUUCCCCCGAGACUACCGUGAUCGCGGACAAGCUGGCGAAGUUGAAUGAGCUGGGCUUCUUGACGAUCAACUCUCAGCCCGCUGUGAACGGCGCUCGGAGCGACGACAGGCGAUUCGGGUGGGGCCCCAGUAACGGCUAUGUCUAUCAGAAGGCUUACCUCGAGUUCUUCGUCUCCCCUGAACUUCUCGCUAUGCUUCUUCCCUACAUAGAGCGAGACCCCAAUAUCACCUAUCACGUAAUCAAUAAGACUGGCGACCUGAGAACGAACACCCACUCCGAAGGUCCAAAUGCUGUCACGUGGGGUGUCUUCCCGGGCAAGGAGAUCGUACAGCCCACCAUCGUCGAGGCAAUCAGCUUCAUGGCCUGGAAAGAUGAAGCAUAUGAGUUAGGACACCAGUGGGCUAGACUCUACGAACCUGAUUCGCCGACACGCAAGCUAAUAUCCGAGAUUAUGGACACCCACUACCUCAUGAACGUUGUCCACAAUGACUUCAAGUCCGAGGACGCCAUAUUCGAACCCUUCUUCAAAGCAGGCGAGCAGUACGCUGCGAGCAAAGCCAAUGGUACGGUUAAUGGACGCUAA